CUCUCUCUAAAACCCUCCCCCUCACUUUUUAUUGCUUCUUCUUUUCUCCUCCUCCCCAAAACAAACAAACCCAGCACACUCUUUUCCAUCCCCCCCGCGCGUACUCCUCACUCGCCGCCCUCAUCCUCCACAUCUUCACCCCCGCCGUCUCCGAUGCUCGAAGAUCUGAUUCCGCACGGACACUAAAAUCCAAAGGGUUUAGGGUUACUGACAUGGCCGUCUCCGCGCAGUCCCUCAGGUUCGGCGGCCCCGUCGUCUCCGGCGGCGGCAGCUUCGACACGCUCAAUCGCAUCCUCGCCGACCUCUGCACGCGUGGCAGCCCCAAGGAGGGGACUUCGUUGGCUUUGAAGAAGCAUCUGGAAGAAGCAGCCCGUGACUUAAGUGGAGAAGCAUUUUCUCGUUAUAUGGAUCAGUUGUACGAUCGGAUCUCUGGUCUUUUGGAUAGCAGUGAUGUUGCAGAAAAUUUGGGAGCUCUAAGAGCUAUUGACGAGUUGAUAGAUUUGGCACUUGGAGAAAAUGCAUCAAAGGUUUCAAAGUUUGCUAAUUACAUAAGGACUGCCUUUGAGCUAAAACGUGAUCCUGAUAUUUUGGUCCUGGCUAGUAGAGUUUUGGGCCAUCUAGCCAGGGCUGGGGGAGCAAUGACUGCGGAUGAAGUGGAACGCCAGAUUAAAAUUGCCCUGGAGUGGUUACGUGGAGACAGAAUUGAGUAUCGGCGUUUUGCUGCCGUUUUGAUCUUGAAAGAAAUGGCAGAAAAUGCUUCCACAGUGUUCAAUGUUCAUGUACCUGAGUUUGUUGAUGCAAUCUGGGUUGCUUUGAGGGAUCCAGUAUUGCCUAUCCGAGAGCGAGCUGUGGAAGCUCUGCGUGCUUGCCUUGGUGUUAUUGAGAAACGUGAGACACGAUGGCGUGUUCAGUGGUAUUAUCGUAUGUUUGAGGCUACACAGGAUGGAUUGGGUAAAAAUGCAUCUGUUCACAGCAUACAUGGUUCUUUACUUGCAGUUGGAGAGCUUUUAAGGAAUACAGGUGAAUUCAUGAUGUCAAGGUAUAGGGAAGUUGCAGAAAUUGUCCUUAGAUAUCUUGAUCACAAGGAUAGGCUGGUUCGCCUGAGCAUAACUUCACUGCUACCUCGAAUUGCUCAUUUUCUGCGUGAUCGAUUUGUUACAAACUACUUAGAGACUUGUAUGAAUCAUAUCCUGGCUGUUUUGCGACAAUCAGCUGAACUGCGGUCCAGUGGUUUUAUUGCACUUGGGGAAAUGGCUGGUGCUUUGGACGGGGAACUUUUUUUCUAUUUGGGGCAAAUAACGCCUCACUUACGCGAAGCAAUCGCUCCACGUAGAGGGAGACCCUCACUUGAGGCUUUGGCUUGUGUUGGAAAUAUUGCAAAAGCACUGGGGCCUGCUAUGGAACAUGAUGUUCGUGGUCUUUUGGAUGUUAUGUUUGCUGCUGGUCUUUCCCCUACGCUUGUUGAGGCCCUUGAAAAGAUAACUACCAGUAUACCAUCUUUGCUGCCUACCAUCCAAGGUCGGUUACUGGAAUGCAUUUCAGUGGUUCUUUCAAAAUCCCAACAUCCUCAAGGAAGGCCAGUUGUUGGAACAGGUAGGGGAAACUUAAUGACUAUCCCCCAGCAAGUUUCAGACCUCAGUGGUUCAGCCCUUGUGCAGCUCGCAUUGCAGACUCUAGCUCGUUUCAAUUUCAAGGGUCACGACCUUCUUGAAUUUGCAAGGGAAUCAGUUGUUAUAUAUUUAGAUGAUGACGAUGGAGCUAUUCGGAAAGAUGCUGCCCUGUGUUGUUGCAGAUUGGUUGCAAAUUCCUUUUCUGGUGUACAAUAUGCCUCUGGUAGAUCAAACCGAGGAAAGCGACGCCGUCUUGUCGAGGAGAUCGUUGAAAAGCUUCUCAUUGAGGCUGUCGCAGAUGCUGAUGUGAUCGUUCGCCAUUCAAUAUUUUCUUCUCUACAUGGGAAUAGAGGAUUUGAUGAUUUCCUGGCUCAGGCUGAUAGUCUCAGCGCAGUUUUUGCUGCUUUAAAUGAUGAGGAUUUUGAUGUUCGUGAGUUUGCAAUUUCUGUGGCUGGGAGGUUGUCAGAAAAAAAUCCUGCUUAUGUUCUUCCAUCUCUUCGCCGCCAUCUCAUACAGUUGUUGACUUACUUGGGUCAGAGUGCAGAUAGCAAAUGCAGGGAAGAAAGUGCGAAGUUGCUGGGUUGUUUAAUACGUAACUGUGAAAGACUGAUACUUCCGUACAUUGCUCCCAUACACAAGGCACUUGUGGCAAGACUAACAGAUGGCACUGGUGUCGGCACGAAUAAUGGCAUCAUUAGUGGAGUUCUUGUAACUGUUGGGGAUCUUGCUAGAGUGGGUGGGUUUGCAAUGAGAAAGUAUAUACCUGAGCUUAUGCCUUUGAUUGUUGAGGCUUUAUUGGAUGGAGCGGCUGUCACAAAACGAGAAGUGGCUGUAGCUACUCUUGGUCAAGUUGUACAGAGCACUGGGUAUGUCAUAACUCCAUAUAAUGAAUAUCCAUUGUUACUUGGCCUACUCUUGAAGUUGCUUAAUGGUGAUUUGGCAUGGUCUACAAGACGUGAAGUACUAAAGGUUCUUGGAAUUAUGGGUGCUCUAGAUCCUCAUGUGCAUAAACGAAAUCAGCAAAGCUUGCCCGGUUCACAUGGAGAUGUUACUCGUAAUGCCAGUGAUUCUGGUCAACAUAUCCAAUCUGUGGAUGAAUUGCCUAUGGACUUAUGGCCAUCAUUUGCGACAUCUGAAGAUUAUUAUUCUACGGUUGCAAUCAAUUCUCUCAUGCGAAUACUUAGGGACCCUUCACUUGGUACUUACCACCUAGAGGUUGUCGGAUCACUUAUGUUCAUUUUCAAGUCAAUGGGUCUCGGAUGUGUUCCGUACUUACCCAAGGUUCUGCCUGACCUUUUCCAUAUAGUCCGCACAUGUGAUGAUGCUUUAAAGGAUUUUAUAACACGGAGGCUUGGAAUUCUAGUGUCUAUUGUGCGUCAGCACAUACGAAAAUAUCUGCAUGAUUUAUUGAUUCUAAUUUCAGAACUAUGGUCAACCUUUAGCUUUCCUGCUGGUGGCCGUCCUCAACUUGGCUAUCCGGUUCUUCAUCUUGUGGAGCAGCUUUGUUUGGCCCUGAAUGACGAGUUCAGGACAUAUCUUCCUGAUAUUCUUCCAUGCUGUAUCCAAGUUCUAAGUGAUGCGGAACGCUAUAAUGACUACACAUAUGUUCUUGACAUCCUCCAUACCCUUGAAGUGUUUGGUGGAACAUUGGAUGAACACAUGCAUCUUCUUCUUCCUGCUUUGAUCCGUUUGUUCAAAGUGGAUGCUUCAGUGGAUAUAAGACGUGCUGCUAUCAAAACAUUGACCAAACUCAUCCCUCGUGUGCAGGUUACUGGUCACAUAUCUUCUCUGGUGCAUCACUUGAAGCUAGUCUUAGAUGGGAAGAAUGAUGACCUCCGAAAGGAUACUGUUGAUGCGCUUUGUUGUCUAGCUUAUGCCCUUGGGGAGGAUUUCACCAUCUUUAUUCCAUCAAUACACAAACUUCUGUUAAAACAUCGCUUACGGCACAAGGAAUUUGAGGAAAUUGAAGGCCGUUUGCAGCGUCGUGAACCGUUGUGUGUUCCCCAAAGAUCAAGUCGGCGACUUCCAGAGGUUGUUACUGGCUGUUCAACUGAUUUGGAGAUUGACCCGUAUGAUGAUGUCGCUGAUGUGCAGAAAAAAGUUCGAAGCCAUCAGGUCAAUGAUGGUCGAUUACGCACUGCUGGGGAGGCUUCUCAGCGCAGUACCAAAGAAGAUUGGGCAGAAUGGAUGAGACACUUUAGUAUCGAACUUCUGAAGGAAUCUCCAUCUCCUGCAUUGCGAACCUGUGCAAGGCUUGCACAACUGCAGCCAUUUGUUGGGCGAGAGUUGUUUGCAGCUGGAUUUGUUAGCUGUUGGGCACAGCUAAACGAGACUAGUCAGAAACAGUUGGUUCGGAGUUUGGAGAUGGCAUUUUCAUCACCAAAUAUCCCUCCUGAAAUUUUGGCAACACUGCUUAAUCUGGCAGAGUUCAUGGAACAUGAUGAGAAACCUCUUCCUAUAGACAUUCGACUACUUGGUGCUCUUGCAGAGAAGUGUCGGGCAUUUGCAAAGGCCUUGCAUUACAAAGAAAUGGAAUUCGAAGGAGCACGUUCCAAGAAGAUGGAUGCCAACCCAGUUGCUGUAGUUGAAGCACUUAUACAUAUAAACAACCAGUUACAACAGCACGAGGCUGCGGUUGGAAUAUUAACCUAUGCUCAACAAAAUUUGGAUGUUCAAUUGAAAGAAUCAUGGUAUGAGAAGUUGCAGCGGUGGGAUGAUGCUCUCAAGGCCUACACAGCAAAAGCAUCUCAAGCAUUGAGUCCACAACUUGUUUUGGAUGCUACUUUAGGUCGUAUGCGAUGCCUUGCUGCCUUGGCUCGAUGGGAAGAACUUAACAACCUGUUUAAGGAAUAUUGGACACCUGCUGAGCCUGCCGCUCGCCUUGAAAUGGCCCCAAUGGCCGCAAGUGCUGCUUGGAAUAUGGGAGAGUGGGAUCAAAUGGCCGAAUAUGUGUCUCGAUUGGAUGACGGUGAUGAAACCAAACUUAGGGGCCUGGGGAACACUGCUGCUAGUGGGGAUGGGAGCAGUAAUGGCACAUUCUUUAGAGCUGUUCUGUUAGUUCGAAGAGGAAAGUAUGAUGAAGCACGCGAGUAUGUUGAGAGAGCUAGGAAAUGCUUGGCAACAGAGCUUGCUGCUUUGGUUUUGGAGAGCUAUGAGCGUGCAUAUAUAAAUAUGGUUCGUGUUCAGCAGUUGUCAGAACUUGAGGAGGUCAUCGAUUAUUGUACACUUCCUAUUGGGAAUACUAUUGCUGAAGGAAGACGGGCCCUUAUCCGCAAUAUGUGGAAUGAGCGGAUACAAGGAGCAAAACGUAAUGUUGAGGUAUGGCAGGUGCUGUUAGCAGUGAGAGCCCUCGUUCUGCCUCCUACUGAAGAUGUUGAUACUUGGCUAAAGUUUGCUACCCUCUGUCGGAAAAGUGGGAGAAUUAGUCAGGCUAGAUCUACUUUAGUCAAACUCUUACAGUAUGACCCCGAGACAUCCCAUGAAAGUGUGCGAUACCAUGGGCCUCCGCAAGUGAUGCUUGCGUAUUUGAAAUACCAAUGGUCCCUUGGAGAAGACGUCAAACGGAAGGAAGCGUUUGCUAGGCUGCAGAAUUUGGCAAUGGAGCUCUCAGCUUCACCUAGUAUUGAAUCAGUUACACCUACUGGCUUGCUGAGCUGUGGUACUCCAAGUGUUCCACUCAUUGCCCGUGUGUAUCUUAAACUUGGAGCCUGGAAUUGGACUCUUUCUCCUGGAUUGGAUGAUGAUUCUAUACAGGAAAUUCUUGUUGCCUUCCGAAAUGCAACUCAAUGUGCAAAUAAAUGGGCAAAGGCUUGGCACACAUGGGCAUUGUUCAAUACAGCUGUUAUGUCUCUUUAUACUGUGAGAGGGUAUGCAAGUGCUGCUUCCCAGUUUGUUGUUGCAGCAGUCACUGGAUAUUUUCACUCAAUUGCCUGUUCUGCAAAUACUAAAGGUGUCGAUGAUAGCUUACAGGAUAUUCUUCGUCUUCUUACAUUAUGGUUCAACCACGGAGCUACUGCAGAAGUUCAAAUGGCUUUACAAAAAGGAUUUGCACAUGUCAAUAUUAACACAUGGCUGGUGGUUCUACCCCAAAUAAUUGCCAGAAUACAUUCAAAUAAUCAUGCUGUAAGGGAACUGAUACAGUCCCUUUUGGUGCGAAUUGGACAAAGUCAUCCACAGGCUCUUAUGUACCCUCUUCUAGUAGCAUGUAAAUCAAUAAGUAAUUUACGCAGAGCUGCCGCUGAAGAAGUGGUUGACAAAGUUCGACAGCAUAGUGGUGUACUUGUGGAUCAGGCACAACUUGUUUCAACGGAACUUAUCCGUGUUGCUAUACUCUGGCAUGAAAUGUGGCAUGAGGCUCUGGAAGAAGCUAGUCGUCUGUAUUUUGGUGAACACAACAUUGAGGGCAUGCUAAAAGUAUUGGAGCCAUUGCAUGAGAUGCUCGAGGAAGGGGCUAUGAAGAAUAAUACUACAAUAAAGGAGACAACAUUCAUUGAGGCCUAUCGUCAUGAAUUGCUGGAGGCCUAUGAAUGUUGCAUGAAAUAUAAGAGAAAUGGAAGAGAUAUUGAGCUUACUCAGGCAUGGGAUCUUUACUAUCAUGUAUUCAGACGAAUAGAUAAGCAGCUGCAAAGUCUCACUACACUGGACUUGGAGUCUGUCUCGCCGGAGUUGUUAGAAUGUCGUGAUUUAGAGCUGGCUGUUCCUGGUACAUAUCGAGCAGAAUCUCCGGUGGUGACAAUUGCAUCAUUUGCACGACAGCUUGUUGUCAUAACAUCCAAACAGCGACCAAGGAAAUUAACAAUCCAUGGGAGUGAUGGUGAGGAUUAUGCCUUCUUACUGAAGGGACAUGAAGACCUGCGCCAAGAUGAACGAGUCAUGCAGCUUUUUGGUUUGGUGAACACACUACUGGAGAAUUCUAGAAAAACUCAAGAGAAGGAUCUCUCAAUUCAACGAUAUUCAGUCAUUCCUUUAUCUCCAAACAGUGGGCUGAUUGGUUGGGUCCCAAAUUGUGACACCCUUCACCAUCUCAUUAGGGAGUACAGGGAUGCCCGAAAGAUCACUCUUAAUCAAGAACACAAAUAUAUGCUCAGCUUUGCUCCAGAUUAUGAUCAUUUGCCACUCAUUGCUAAAGUGGAAGUAUUUGAGUAUGCCCUGCACAAUACUGAGGGAAAUGACCUUUCAAGAGUUCUGUGGCUUAAAAGUCGCACUUCAGAGGUAUGGCUUGAGAGGAGGACAAACUACACAAGAAGUUUGGCUGUCAUGAGCAUGGUCGGUUACCUUCUUGGGCUUGGUGAUCGUCAUCCAAGCAAUCUUAUGCUUCACCGCUCUAGUGGGAAGAUCUUGCACAUUGACUUUGGGGACUGCUUUGAAGCGUCCAUGAAUCGAGAAAAGUUUCCGGAGAAGGUACCCUUUCGAUUGACCAGAAUGCUUGUGAAAGCAAUGGAGGUUAGUGGCAUAGAGGGCAACUUUCGUUCAACUUGUGAAAAUGUCUUGCAAGUUCUGCGAACACAUAAAGAUAGUGUUAUGGCUAUGAUGGAGGCCUUUGUUCAUGAUCCUCUCAUCAACUGGCGUCUCUUCAACUUUAAUGAAGUUCCACAAGUGGCAAUGUUAGCUAAUAGUCAUGUUCCUUCUGUCGUGGAGGCUGAAGAACCAGCUCCUGCUAGAGAGCUUCCCCAACCUCAGCGUGGUGCUCGUGAAAGGGAACUUCUUCAGGCUGUUAAUCAACUUGGUGAUGCUAAUGAGGUCUUGAAUGAACGCGCUGUGGUUGUUAUGGCUCGGAUGAGUAAUAAGCUUACUGGGCGUGAUUUUUCCACUAGUUCUUCCGUAUCCUCUAGCUCUAUUCAACAUGCAGUAGACCACAGCACAUUGAUUUCUGGAGAUACUCGAGAAGUUGAUCAUGGUUUAUCUGUUAAGUUGCAAGUUCAAAAGUUGAUUGGUCAAGCAACAUCUCAUGAAAACUUGUGCCAGAAUUAUGUCGGGUGGUGUCCGUUUUGGUAAGCAGCAGACGUCUUUAGAUAGACGUGUACAUACAUUGUACAUAUUAGUGAGCUACAAAAAGACCUUGUUGUAUAUGCACCCAAUCAUUUAUUGUGUAUAAAGUAGUUGCCUAGUUUUUGGUGAAUUCUUGAUUGGAAUGGAACCUGUUACCGGUAGUUCCACAUCAGUACAUGUGUAAAUAACAAUGUAGAAGAGGGGUAUCAGGUGUAAGUAGUUUUAGCCCAGGAGGUUAGGAUGGGAACUGGAUUAUAGCACUAAUAGGUAACUACCGGCGCCAGUGUAACAAACGUUAUAGUGAGUCUAUAGGCCAAGAUGUUUUCAAAGUUGGAGUUGGUUUAUACUGUU